AUGAGCGAUUUGCUUGCCAUCCCACUUAAACGGACUUUAGAAGUGGAUCUUUCUACAGAGCUAUCGAAACUAAUUGACGCUACCUCUUUUCAAACUGCAUCCUUUUUCAAACCUGACAUACUCAAGGUUGUUUCUGCAAGGAAUAAUGCAAUUACCCCAGAUCUCUCAAUAGAUGGUCUUGUUGCAUUAAAAAAAUACUACACGAUAUUGAUACAAUUGGAGAAGAAAUUUCCUGAUAAUCAAAUUGAGUUCACAUGGUUUCAGACUUUGUCACAAAAAUCCCGUGGAUCUAGCCAUUAUUCACUACAGUGGGAGACACUAACAAUUGUCUAUAACAUUGGGUGUAUGUAUUCAUUGUUAGCUUUGAAUACCAGCAGAAACUCUGCGGAAUCUCUGAAGACAUCAUGUCUUUAUUUCCAGAAUAGCGCUGGGUGCUUCAUGUAUGUAUUAGAGCGCCAAGAAACUCUUCAAACGAUGUCAGUGGUCGACAAUGCCACUGCAAAUGCUUUAGCUUCUCUAAUGCUAGCGCAAGCUCAAGAAUGCUUCUGGUUUAAAGCCGUUCAAGAUAAAUACAAGGAUUCCUUAAUUUCAAAGUUGUCACAACAUAUCGUAGACCUCUAUGGUAAAGCUAUUAGUGAUGCUCAAAAGGGUAAACUUAUAAGGAAUGAUUGGACUGAUCAUUUAAAGGCUAAAAAGGCGUAUUUCAGUGCAGUGACUUACUACAGAAUGGCCUUAUCUCUUAAUGAAAAAAAGCAGUUCGGAAACGCGGUCAAAGCUUUGCAAAUGGCACUGCAAUUUAUUAAUGAAUCAAAGUUAUCUUCACAAGCCAAAUUCAAAACAGUUAUUGAAUCUUCUUUGAAGGAAGCGCAAAGAGACAAUGACUUCAUCUACUUACAACAAGUUCCUUCAGAGCUGCCAUCGAUUAAACCCGCUCUCAUGGUUAAACCAUCUUCCACAUCAACACUAUUACCUUCUAUUGAAAAUGAUGUCCAAUUGUUUAAAGACCUUAUUCCUAUAGAAGUGAUGGAAUAUUGCACAGCUUACAAUGAAAGACAAGACGAAUACGUCGAACAACGUGUUACGAACCCUCUCAUCUCCUUGAAUAAACUUUUGAAAGAGUCCAUGACUACUUUUGAAAUACCACAGGAACUUAUAACAGUAAGUGAAGCAGAACUGAGUCAAUAUCAAACAUUGUUGAAUAACCUCCAUACCAAUAAUAAAAAUGUUCAAACUGAACUUGACAAAAUUGAGCAAAUUUUAAACGAUGAAGCAUUCACUGAUAACCAGCUCCGUCUGAAACACGGGACUUUGCAUUGGGUUUUACCCGAAUCUUCAACUAUCAACACAAAAUAUUACGAAAAAUUGAAUACACUGAAAGGAUAUCUUGGUCAAGGUAGUGCGAUUGACAAACAAACAGAUAAUUUUUUUCAAAGCAUCGAUAAAAACUUGAUAACAUCAGAGAUCAGAUUACCGGAACCCAAUGAUCCUUUGACGAAUAAGAUCAAAAAAGUAAUGCAGGAGAGAAACGAAUAUAUUAAAAAGACUAAGCGUAAAUCCUCAGAAUAUAGAGUGCUUUCAAAGAUCAUUUCAUCAUACAAGAACAGUGGUACAAUCGACUUUGAGUCCAUUUUCACAGAUCACUUGAAAUACUUCGACGAGGAUCUAAGAUACGUUAAUAGCACUAAACAAGAAAAUAAAAAGCUCAUCGAGGAAAUAGUGCUAAAAGAGAAGAACAAUGCACCUGGAAGUGCGGCUGAAACAAAAAAAAUAGAAAGAAUCGAUCCCAGAGAAUUGUACAUCGAAGAUCUGAAAUACUCUCUCAAACUGCUUGAUGAGGUUAAAGAAAAUUUAAACGCUGGUACGUCAUUCUACGAAAAUUUGAUUAACUCCACAAGCAAGUUUUACAACGAGGUACAGGAAUAUGACGCAGCAAGAACAGAGGAAAGAAAUAAGCUCGACGAAAGUCUAAAUAUCUAA